AUGGUUCAUUAUACUUCAGUGGUGAUUUUGCUCACAUUGGCUGUCUUAUGUGCUGCAAAACCAAAGGCAUCUACAAAAUGUCUUCUUGAAAACUUUUACAUUGGUGAAACCGUCGAAACAACACCUAUCGUAUGCCAUGACGAUAGAACUAUAGUGGCGCGCUAUUUCCACCUCUGUAACAUUAAAUUCCACUUCAUUGAUUGUCCGGUCAGCCAAAAAUGCUUAAGAAAACACGGUAUCACAACUCGAUUAGAUGAAGAAUUGAAAAAUAAUGAGAAUAUUCAAGAUCGGGAUGAAGCGCUCACUUUCCUAGAUACCUAUGACAAGCGUGAUUCUGCUAAGACAGAAUUUAACAAACUGAAGGGAAAGUGCUGUAAGAGUAAGAAAAGCAAAAGCACAUGUACUGAUGAUGAUGUCAAAAAGACUUGUCCUGGUGGUACAAAAUAUUCUGCAAAAGCAUUCCAACACAUUACUAAAGUGGCAUGUGAAAUGACAAUAGAAGAAGCUAUUAAUGAAGGCUAA